CCGAAAGCGUGGCUUGUGCAUUUCUGAAAUUCGGCCAAAAGUCGAAAGAUGUCUUUACGAUCAGCUGAUUUGGUGGACGCGUCGAACGCACAAGCUGUCAACAAUUUUCGCGAAUAUCUGCAAAUUCGUUCGGUCCAUCCGGAAAUAAAUUACGAUGGCUGUGUUAAAUUUCUGGAAAAACAGGCAAAAUCCCUGGACCUUCCCAUUAAAAUUGUUACCGUGGUGCCUGGAAAACCCAUAGUCAUUAUGACAUGGACAGGAAAAAACCCAAACUUGCCCAGUAUAAUGCUGAACAGCCACAUGGACGUUGUUCCUGUGUAUGAGGAUAUGUGGUCUCAAAAACCUUUUGGUGGUGAAAUAGUCGAUGGUAAAGUUUACGGUCGAGGGGCUCAAGAUAUGAAAUGUGUUGGUAUUUGGUACCUAGAGGCAAUAAGAAUGUUAAAGUCAAAUAAAGUUACUCUAGAAUGCACUUUACAUGUCACUUUUGUGCCUGAUGAAGAAAUUGGUGGUAAAGACGGAAUGAAAGUUUUUGUGGAAACUGAAGAAUUUAAAAAACUGAACAUUGGUUGUGCCCUUGAUGAAGGGAUGCCAUCCACAAAUGAAGAAUUUGCCCUAUUCUAUGAUGAAAGAUGCAUGUGGCAUAUGAACUGGACCUGCCCUGGUAUAUCAACACAUGGUUCAGCUUUGGUCAAUGACACUGCAGGUGAAAAGGUUGCCUAUAUUCUAGGCAAAAUUUAUGAGUUUAGAAGGAAUGAACAAAAUAAAUUGAAGUAUCUUAAAGGUACAAUGGGGGAUGUUACAGCCAUUAACCUUAAUGUAAUACAUGGAGGUGUUCAAACAAACGUAACUCCUGCAGAGAUAAAAUUCGGUUUGGACUGCAGGGUGACCCCGAAAGAGGAUUUUAAAACUUUUGAAAAAAUGAUCGAAUCUUGGCGUUCCGAGGCUGGUUCCGGAGUGACAAUAGAUUUUGUUGAGAAAUGGUUGCCGGUUCCUGCUACCAAACUAAACGAUGAGAAUCCCUAUUGGAUGGCUUUCAAAAAAGCGACAGAGGCACUCAACUUAAAAUUAGUCCCGCAAAUUUGCCCAGGCCGAACCGAUGGGGUGUUUUUAAGAGCGAAGGGAAUCCCGGUUCUGGGAUUUUCGGCCAUAAACAAUACCGAACUCCUUUUGCAUCAGCACGACGAACAUUUAGGCGUCGAAACGUUUCUUAAAGGGAUUCAAAUUUAUUGCAAAAUAAUCGAAGCAAUGGCGAACGUUUAAAAGACAAAAAACCGUUAAAAGUUAUUCAUCAUUAAAUAAAUAUUUAUACAAUUGUGA